AUGACAGAAAUAGUGUUCAUGGAGAGACCGUUAGCUUUGCUGAUUGACAAAGUCACAUUCUGGGUUUCUUACAGUACCUUUGACGAGUGCAUUGACCGAUACGAUGUUUACAAAGUAGAAACCAUAGGCGAUGCUUACAUGGUUGUGUCUGGCUUACCAGGACGCACUGACCUGCAUGCAUGGGAGAUUGCGAGUAUGUCUCUGGACCUAUUAGAAGAAGCUAAACAUUUCAUAGUUCCACAUCUACCUAACGAAAAGUUGAGCCUUCGUAUCGGCAUUCAUACGGGUCCAUGUGUGGCGGGCGUGGUUGGGCUCAAAAUGCCUCGUUUUUGUUUGUUCGGGGACACGGUUAACACGGCUGCUCGGAUGGAAUCAACAGGACAAGCUCUCAGGAUUCAUAUAAGUGAAAGCACUAAAAAAGAAUUAUGCAGAUAUCCAUUGUUUGUCAUAGAACAACGCGGAACUAUCGAUAUUAAGGGCAAAGGUUAUAUGCAGACAUACUGGCUUAAGAAGAAAAUAGAAACCGAAGGUCAUCGUAUUGAAUGGGAAGAAUAA